UUCACAGGACUUACAUCAUGUACAUCCUCUCUGCUUUCCUGUCAUGUGUGCAGAAGUUUGCUAACUUUCUCAGUUCUGAAGCAACUGCAUUCGGUUUGAGGAAACCAAACUUCUCAUAGCCACUUAUGACGGUUGUAUCUCUCUAGGGCGUUGCAUUUCAAAAACAGAAAUGCUUCAGUCAGUGUGUCUGAGGGGACUUCUGCUAUUGUUGGUGGGAAGACAGGUCUACACUCAGGAUCAAUGCUUAAAAGCUUCAGUAAACACAUGUGGAGACUGUAUCAAGUCCGGGCCCGGCUGUGCCUGGUGUAAAGACUUGAAUUUCACCAAGACAGGGGAGCAGGAAGCAGCACGGUGUGACACUGUUGACGUGCUUAAGGAAAGAGGAUGUCCCGCUGAUAGCAUAAUCAAUCCUAAAAACUAUUAUGACAAAAUAUUAGACAAGCCCCUGACUAAGAAUUCACCUCCAGUGCAAAUCAAACCUCAAGAACUACAACUAUAUCUUAGACCAGGGAUGCCCCACACUUUUCAACUAAAUUUUAAAAGGGCAGAAGGCUAUCCUGUAGAUCUUUACUACCUAAUGGAUCUCUCAUACUCUAUGAAAGAUGAUUUGGAGAAUGUGAAAAAACUGGGAAAUAGUUUACUUGCUGAGCUCCAAAAAAUUACUGGCAAUGCCAGAAUAGGAUUUGGUUCGUUUGUCGACAAAACUCUUCUUCCAUACACCGACACCAAUGAAGCGAAGCUCCAACAGCCAUGCGCGGAUAAAAAUGAACCAUGCCAGCCAGCAUUUGGCUUUCAGCAUGUGCUUCCACUAACACAAGACGGGAGUAAGUUUAGAGAAAUGGUAGCCAAGCAGCAUAUAUCUGGAAACCUGGACCCUCCAGAGGGAAGUCUGGAUGCCAUCAUGCAAGCCGCUGUCUGUGUGAAAGAGAUUGGUUGGGGAAACAGCACUCGGCUGCUGGUGCUGGCCACUGAUGACGGCUUCCACAUGGCAGGGGAUGGAAAACUCGCUGCCAUUCUGGAACCAAACAAAGAAACCUGUCAGAUGGUCGACAAGAAGUACACAAUGAGCAACAUCUGGGACUACCCAUCUGUUGGACAGAUAGCUCGCAAGCUGGAGGAGCAAAACAUACAACCAAUUUUUGCUGUCACUAAAAAAAUGGAAACUGUGUACACAGAGCUGAGCAAACUGAUCCCUAAAUCUGCAGUAGGAGUGCUUUCUGACGACUCAAGCAACGUUGUCAAACUAAUUGUGGAUGCAUACAAUAACUUAACCUCUGAAGUGAUCAUGGCUCAUGAUAACCUCCCAAACUUCAUAUCUGUGAAAUACACUUCAAGCUGUUCAGGUGGAGAAAAACCCAGUGACAGGGGGAAGUGUGAUAAUGUGAACAUUGGACAGGAGGUGACUUUUAAUGUGACAGUAACAGCAGAAAAAUGCAUUAACAGUCAGAGCUUCCUCAUUGGGCCAUUGGGCUUUAGUGAAAAACUGAAAGUGACCGUUCAGACUCGAUGUGAAUGUGAAUGUGAUGAUUCCAAGAACCUUCAUCCUCACUGUGGGAAUCACGGUACAGUCGUCUGUGGCAGCUGCAGGUGUCAAUCUGGUUUCUUAGGACAGCGCUGUGAGUGCCAAAUAGGCCAAAAGGAUGAGGCCUCACUGAAAAAGCAGUGCCGGAAGGAAAACGGGACCGAAUGCGAAGGGAAAGGAGAUUGUGUUUGUGGACGGUGUCAGUGCCAUAUCACAGAGGGCGGUGGCAAUUUCUAUGGCGAACACUGCGAAUGUGACGAUGAGCACUGUGAAAAAUUUGACAAUAAACAGUGUGCAGGACAUGGCAAGUGCAAAUGUGGUAAAUGUGAGUGUGAACAAGGCUACGAGGGCACAGCGUGUCACUGUGCAAAAUCCGACGAGGACUGCAAGAUAGAAGGGAGUGUCUGUUAUAACCGUGGUAAAUGUGAAUGUAACCAGUGUGUAUGUGAGAGAGGAUACAAGGGGCCCUACUGCAAAACAUGUUCUGCUUGUCAACCUCCAUGUCAACAGUCAGGGAAUUGUGUUGAAUGUCUGGCCUUUGGGACCGGUCACUUUGAAAAGAACUGCUCUUUAGCCUGUGCCCAUUUGGAUGUUGCGGCGGUUGAAAAACUAGUCAAGAGCGACUGUCGAGUCAGAGAUAAAGAAGGCUGCUGGAUGACAUUUACAAUGACAGAAAAGCUUGGAUUUGACACGUACUCUAUCAAUGUCCUGAAAGACAGAGAAUGUCCUGAGGGGCCGAACAUAGCAGCCAUCAUAGGAGGAUCUCUGGCAGGUGUGGCGCUGAUUGGUCUCCUAAUCCUCCUCAUCGUCAAGGCAAUUCUGUAUGCAAGCGACCUUAGAGAAUGGAGGAGAUUUGAAAAAGACAGAAAACAUGAAAAAACAUCUGGUACCAACCCAUUAUUCCAGAAUGCUACGACCACAGUUCAAAACCCAACAUUUUCUGGAGAUUCUUGAGAAAACUUGUUGGUGCUGAAACGCAUGAAGCACAGAGUGGAUGUGUGGUAAAUAAUCUAUAGGUUUGAUAUAUGAUCAUGCAAAAAAAAAGAAGCUUAAAAUGUCCAUUGCAAUCUUUAUGUGAAAUUCAAAAAAUUCAUACACUGAUUUUAUUGCAUUAGUAAUAAUUCAGUUUAAAUGUUUAACUGCAUUAUAUAACAUAGUUUAUAUUUAACAAUCUAUUUUAUUUUCUGUUUUGUCUCAUUGAUUGGUCACAAUUUUUCAAAAUUUUAUACAGGGAAAUACAGAGAAAUCAAAUUUUAUACCGGUUGAGCUUUGAUUGUUGUCAUUUAAAGAGUGCAAAAUUUACUUUUAUAACAAGUUCCAUCUGGGAUUAAUUUAUAAAUAAAUGUGUCAAUAUAUUUUUGUAUCGCUUAAUGAUUAACAAGAACCUUCAAUGGCACUGUUUUCUGAGGACUCUUGGAAUGUUUUUGGCAAUUUCAAUUCACAACGGCCUCGUAAACAUUUCUGUCUCUACAGUUGUGCAUUUGUAAAAGCAUUUACAUUUUAGAAACUCUCAGUACCUUAAUAUUGUAUGUUUCAAUGUCUGUCCAGAUGCAAAUCCCUAUGAAAACUAAUGAUAUCUCUAUCCAAUGCCUCUAUACUGCAUUUCACAUAUUCUCCAUUAUGAAACAUGAGCACUGAACACUGAAAGCUGGCUUUCCACAUUAUUAAGAUAAUAGACUUGUAAGCUGAACAUGUGCAUUGUACAUGCCUUCAAUGUUCAUAGCAUUCAACUUAGGUUAUAUAGGAUAUAGAAUAUAUAGAAUAUGUGUGUUUGUAUAUAAAGGCUCUGUAAAUGUCUAAAAUAUAAAUAAAUUACAACUGUA